UCACGCUUUCGUACUUUAUUUACGAUCGAUCGUUCGCAGUUUGUUUAAUUUGUUGUAAUAUAAGAUGCUGAUCGAUCACUUUUUUUCAUACUGAUUUGAUUAUUUCAGAAACCUAACUAUUUCGCGGAUCUGUAUUAUUUUUUCCAAAAUAUUAUGAUAAUUUUAGAUUAAUCGUGUUGAAUUAGACCUAUAUCAUUGUUCUUGAGGAAUUUGAAUGAAUCGGAAUCAGUUUCUGUUGUUUUGGACUUAACUCGACCGAAUCUAUCUAAUCACAGUGUUGAAUUUGGAGCAGUCUCUGUAGUACCGAGGAAUCUGGUGUAUGAAAUCGAAAUCGACGCUGACACUUAUCACAUUGAACAAUGGUGAAGGCUGUGGCAGUUCUUAGUAACAGUAACGAAGUCUCGGGUACUAUUAACUUCAGUCAGGAGGGAAAUGGUCCAACCACUGUAACUGGAACUCUUGCUGGUCUUAAGCCUGGCCUCCACGGCUUCCAUAUCCAUGCCUUGGGAGACACCACAAACGGUUGCAUUUCAACUGGACCACAUUUCAAUCCUAAUGGGAAGGAACAUGGUGCCCCUGAGGAUGAGACUAGACAUGCUGGUGAUUUAGGAAAUAUCAAUGUUGGUGAUGAUGGAACUGUAAGCUUCACCAUUACUGACAACCAUAUCCCUCUCACUGGAACAAACUCCAUCAUAGGAAGGGCUGUUGUUGUCCAUGCCGAUCCUGAUGAUCUUGGGAAAGGUGGUCACGAGCUUAGCAAAACUACUGGAAAUGCUGGUGGCAGAGUAGCUUGUGGUAUUAUUGGGUUGCAAGGAUAGAUCACUACUCUCCACUGUGCGUGCUGUUGAAGUUUUAGAAGAAUAAAUUGCACUCAUCCCUCUCUUGCUUGUUUAGGUCUGAUCUGUACUGCCGGAUAAUGUGUUUUUGUUUGUAUUGAAAUCUCAAUGGCUAUAUGACUGCACUUGGUGUUUAAUCAGUUACUUCAGAUGAAGUCUGUGGUUGUUGUCAUGCUUGUUUUCAGUUUGCAGUAUGAUCUUAAUUCUUAAGGAGUUGGGUUUUUAAUAAAGACUUCAUAUUA